CACAUGACAAUUAGGUGUGAUAUUAUUAUUAGAAAGUGGAGAGCAGAUGACGCGAUGAUCAGGAUUCAGGCAUGAGCAUGGGUUGGUCUCUCCGACGUGUGGUGGUGCUGCUACCGCUGCUACUUUUUCUUCCUACAAAUGUCACUGCUUGCUACUCCUCACUCUUCAGCUUUGGAGAUUCUCUCGCUGAUACCGGUAACUUGAAUUUCAUUUCCCCUCCCCAGAGCCCCAAUUGCUUGCUCCCUCCCUACGGACAAACCCACUUUCAUCGCCCCACUGGACGAUGUUCCGAUGGACGCCUUAUCCUCGAUUUCCUCGCUCACUCUCUGGGUCUUCCGUAUUUGGAACCGUAUCUGGGUUUCAAGAAUGGAGCGCUCAAACCGGCAAAUACUGAGCAGGGAAUGAACUUUGCGGUGGCCGGAGCCUCGGCCUUGGACCGAGGUUUCUUUGAAGAAAAGGGGUUCGCUGUUGAGGCCACCGCAAACUUUUCUCUGAGGGUUCAGUUAGACUGGUUCAAGGAAUUCCUGCCUUCGCUCUGCGCUUCUUCUUCCAGUGAAGGCUGCAAAAAAGUUAUUGGCAACUCCUUAUUUAUUGUGGGAGAGAUUGGAGGCAAUGAUUAUGGCUAUCCUUUGUCUGAAACAACCGCAUUUGGAGAUCUUGUGCCUUAUAUACCCCAAGUAGUAUCUGUGAUCACCUCAGUGAUCAGGGAGUUGAUUGAUUUAGGGGCUGUAACAUUUAUGGUUCCUGGAAUGUUACCACUUGGCUGCAAUUCUGCAUAUUUAACAACAUUUGCAACCACAGAUGAAGAGGAGUAUGAUCAAGUUGGGUGUCUGAAGUGGUUAAACACGUUUUAUGAAUACCACAAUGAGCUGCUCCAGGUUGAACUAAAUCAGCUUCGAGGGCUAUAUCCUCAUACCAGUAUUAUUUAUGCAGAUUAUUUCAACGCUGCAUUGCGGCUCUACAAUUCUCCAGAACAAUUUGGGUUUGGUGGAAAUGUUCUGAAAGUUUGUUGUGGAGUUGAUGGCCCUUACAAUUACAAUGACAAUUCAAAGUGUGGGGACGCAGGGGUGGUUGCUUGUGAUGAUCCUUCACAAUAUGUUAGCUGGGAUGGUUAUCAUAUGACCGAGUCUGCAUAUAGAUGGAUUGCCAUAGGUUUAUUAGAGGGAUCCUACACCAAUCCUAAAUUUAUUGUCUCUUGCUUCACACAUGAAACCAUCAGAGAUAUUUAAUAAUUAUCUACGAAAAACGUGGAUAGCUCUGUGGAAGAGAACGUGGGUAGCACCACUGAGAAAGAAUAUAGUAUAUGAUUGCAUGUCGUCUAGCUAAAAUUUUUAUUACCAUUUACUUUUAUUUAUUUAUUAAUUUAUUCUU